AUGACUACCCUCAAGUCCGGUGACUCGUUCCCUAGCGACGUUGUCUUCAAGUACAUUCCUUGGAGUGAAGAAAGUGACGAAAUUACCUCCUGCGGCAUCCCCAUCAACUACAAUGCCUCGCAGGAGUGGGCCAACAAGAAGGUUGUCUUGUUCUCGGUUCCCGGUGCCUUCACCCCGACCUGUUCUGUCAACCACGUUCCCGGAUAUAUCCAAAACCUGCCCAAGCUCCGUGAGAAGGGAGUCGACAUUGUCGCGGUCAUUGCUUUCAAUGAUCCCUUCGUCAUGAGUGCCUGGGGUAAGGCGAACAAGGUUCGCGGGGAUGAUAUCGUGAGCAUAACCCCACUUUCCACGUUACGCGCGACCGGUGUUGAUUUUGGUGAACAGCUUUUCCUCUCGGACCCCGAUGCCAAAUUUUCCAAGAGCAUUGGUUGGGCUGAUGCGGCCUCGGGCCGUACAGCUCGGUAUGCGAUCGUUAUCGAUCACGGUAAGGUCCGCUAUGCCGAUAUCGAAACUGAAAGGGGUGCUGUCAAGAAAUCUGGCGCCGAUGCUGUUCUUGCUUCCCUUUAA